UAAUAUUCCACUGUAGCUUCUAAUUGAGACAUCUCUCCGCUGUAGAGAUCAUUCAACACGACUGGAAAAAUGUUUGCGAAACUAUUGAAUAGUCCAGACUGUUUACUGAAUCAAAGGAAUCGCAAGCAAUUUCUAGCAACAUUGCUGAUCAAUUUAAUAUGCAUUGCUCAUGGCAUUGGAAUUGGUUGGUUUGCGCCCACAAUGCGCAAAAUGCAAACCGAAGAGACGCCCAUGAAUUUUAUGGCCACCGUCUCUGAGGUCUCCUGGGUUGGUUCAUUCCUGGGCAUGGGAGCGAUGACAGGAAAUGCUCUAAUGGGAAUCAUUCUUCCCUAUUUGGGCAGCAAGUUGUGUCUACUUUUUGUAGCCAUUCCUCAGACGUGCUAUUGGCUUUUGGUAUAUUUCGCCGAGAGAGUCGAGUAUCUUUAUGUGGGACGCUUUCUUGGCGGUCUUUGCAGUGGUGGCAUGUACAUCAUUCAUUCCAUGUUCCUCAGCGAAAUUUCAGAUCCCAGAAUUCGUGGGACACUCGGUGCUAUAGUGAUGUUAUCUGUGAAUAUAGGCGUGUUUCUUGGCUACAUUAUGGGCACACACAUGCCGUUCAGCAUCACACCAUUCAUAGUAUUAUUACUUCCAGUUUGUUACUUUUUAUUAACGCUAUGUUUUAUACCGGAAUCGCCAGUGCAUCUGAUAAGAAAAGGCAACUUGAAGGCGGCUGAGAUAUCUUUCCGUUAUUAUAAGAAUAUCAAGGAUUUCAAUCGAUCUGCAGCAGUGGAGGAAUUCGAGGAUAUGCGACAGAAGCUAACGGAGGAUGACAAGGCAUCUAGUAACGUGACUAUCAAGGAUUUUGUGUCCAGAUCAGCUUUCCGAGCUUAUGCAUCCGCUGCAGUCUUGCUGAUUGCGAAUCAAUUCAGCGGCAUUUUCGCCAUGGUCAGCUACAUGUCGGACAUCUUUGAAAAAUCGGGCAGCACUAUGGACCCAGAUACCUGCACCAUUAUCAUUGGCAUCGUUCAGAUUCUAGGCACAUAUGCAACGGCUUUACUUUGCGAUGUCUGGGGACGUCGUCUGCUUCUCGUUGUCUCCUCGGGCGGAGUUGCUGUCAGUCUCUUUGGUUUCGGUUUCUUUACAUAUUUUGCACAGUGGUACGAUUUGAGUGAUUGGAGUUGGGUGCCUCUUGUGUUGAUGUCGAUCUGCAUCUUUAUGGGCAAUAUUGGACUUGUCGGCUGCUUCUUUAUGGCCUUGGUCGAAAUGUUUCCUCUAAAGAUUCGCACUCGUGCCACAUCGAUUUCUGUGGUUAUUUGCGGCUUCUUUGUGUUCAUCAUGCUCAACAUUCUCCCACUGUGCAUGGCUGAAUGGGGUUUGCCAGCAACGAUGUGGUCAUGUGCUGGGAUAUCAGCAUUGAGCUUUAUUUAUUUUGUCUUGUUCUUGAAGGAAACAAAAGGCAAAUCCAUGCUUGAAGACUGAAUACAGCAAUUAAAAAAAUUCCGAAAAUCUAAUUUUAAUUUUAUUAAAAACACUAAGAUUGUUGUCUGCUUAUCUAA